AGAGAGAGAGAGAGAGAGAGGGGAGAGAGAAACCUCGAAAAAGUACGGCCAUGGUGGUAGUAGCCGUUACCAUCUCUUCCUCCUCCUCCCUCCUCAUCUCCUCUCUCCUCAUCUCUCUCCCCCCUAAAUCUCUCCUCCUACGUAGCGAAUCACUAAACCCUUCUUCAUCUUCUCCUUCCUCCUCCUCCUCCUCCUCUUCUUCUUCUUCUUCUCGGAGGAGGCGCCGCUGCGGUGGAAUCCGAUGCUCCGCCGCAAAUAGGCCUUCAUCUUCUUCGUCGACCUCCAAUGAGAUUAGUUCAUCAGCUAAGAUCCGAAGCGAAGUGCUUUCCCCGUUCCGCUCGGUGCGGAUGUUCUUUUACCUCGCGUUCAUCGCCAGUGGUGCUUUAGGAGGACUAAUAGCUUUAACGCGAAUACUUCCCGCUCUAGCCAAUUCAUCCAAAGCAGCAGUACUUCCUGAAACCCUGGAGGGUCUCGCCAUAGACGUCGGAGCCGUUCUACUCUUUACAUUCCUUUACACGAGGGAGAACAAAGCCAAAGAAGCCCAACUCGCGAAAUUAUCAAGAGAAGAAAGCCUCUCUAAGCUUAAGCUGCGGCUUAAUGAGAACAAAAUAAUAUCUGUUAGUGAUUUGAGAGGAAAAGCUCGGCUUGUGAUUCUUGCGGGCCCCGCUUCUUUUCUAGCCGAUUGUUUCAAACGCAGCAAGCCUUUUACUGAUGCACUUAUCGAGCGCGGAGUGCUUGUAGUUCCUUUUUCUGUAGAGGGGAGCGCACCCACUUUUGAAUUCGAUGAUGAAGAAAUGGUUGAAGAAAAGAAAAAGAGGCUUUGGCAGUUGACUCCGACUUUAACAAAUGAAUGGGCCAAGUAA